AUGUGUCAGUCUGUGUUGAAAAAUGUGUCAGUCUGUGUUGAAAAAAUGUGUCAGUCUGUGUUGAAAAAUGUGAGCAGUGUGGGAGCAACAGAGGAGUUCUGUGUGAGAGUGGGCCUGCACCAGGGAUCUUCUCUGAGCCCAUAUCUGUUCAACCUACUCAUGGAUGACAGUAUUCAAAAUAUAAAGGAGGAGGCACCGUGGACUAUGUUGUUCGCGGAUGACAUCGUCUUGGUGGAUGAAAGUAGAGAUGGUGUGGAGAGAAAGUUGGAGAGAUGGCGACGAGCAUUGGAGGAGAGAGGUUUGAGAAUUAGCAGGGAGAAGACGGAGUAUCUGAAUUUUAAUGGUCGACAGGAGAGUGAAGUAUGGAUGCAAGAUAUGAAGUUAAAGGGUGUGAAGGAGUUCAGAUACUUGGGCUCUCAUAUAUCAGCGGACGGCAACCUGGAUGGAGAGAUCAUUCACCGUAUCCAAUCGGGCUGGAAGAAUUGGAAAAGAACAACUGGAGUGCUCUGUGACCGAAAAAUUAGUGCAAGAGUAAAGGGAAAAGUGUUCAAAUCGGUGGUUAGACCUGCCAUGUUAUAUGGUGCGGAGACGUGGCCAAUAAAGAAAGCACAGGAGAAUAAGGAGGGGGCGCGCAUCCCUGGAGGCUCGCAGUGGUUGAGGAAGUGGGAGGGGGCGGCGGCGACACGGCUGGCGCGGGCGACGGUGGCGGGAGGAACGGGUGAACGGGUUUUUCUGGGUAAUUUGGAGGUGCCUAGUGGUGUUCGCUGA